AUGGAUUCACUUAACAAUGCCUUCGCUUCCUCUGACCCAAAAGCUGCUCUGAUGAAUCAGGUUCGUCAAGAAGCUGCCAUGGCCAAUGCUAAACAAUUGAUCGAGAAAGUAAACGAACAUUGCUUCGAGAAAUGCGUCCCCAAACCUGGCACUUCUCUCAGCAGCGGCGAAACAACCUGUUUCACUCAAUGCAUGGAGAAAUACAUGCAAGCUUGGAAUACUGUCUCUAAACAAUAUAUCGCGAGAUUGCAGAGGGAGUCGGCGACUGGGUCGACGAACGGAGGGAUGUUUUAG